AUGGAACUGGACUCCUUUGAGAACUCCAAUUGGCUGCUUGACUACGACAUAUCUGAGUUCCCACCUCCAGCUGCCGGCUUCAGCUGGCCCUCUCAAUCUACCCUCAAUGCUCCCCCUAAUGUCAGUGCUGCAGUUGGUUGCUCAUUUGCCGAUUCAGAUAGCUUGAAGGAAGUUGUCUCCAGGAAAAGGUUGAAAUCCGAAUCAUGUGGUGCAUCUCGAUCAAAAGCAUGCCGGGAGAAAUUGCGGAGGGAUAAGCUGAAUGAUAGGUUCCUGGAACUGGGUGCCAUCUUGGAGCCUGGAAGGUUACGCAAAACAGAUAAGGUUGCUAUUUUAAGUGAUACUGUAAGAAUAGUGCAUCAGUUACAAAGUGAAGCGCAGAAGUUGAAAGAAUCAAAUGAGGAGUUGCAAGCAAAAAUUAAAGAAUUGAAGGCUGAGAAGAAUGAGCUUCGUGAUGAGAAGCAGAGGCUGAAGGCAGACAAGGAGAAGUUGGAGCAGCAAGUCAAAGCCAUAAGCACACGGUCAGGCUUCUUGCCACACCCCCCUCCAAUGCCAUCUGCAUUUGCAGCUCAAGGGCAAGCUGCUGGAAACAAGUUGAUGCCUUUCAUUGGAUUACCUGGUGUUGCCAUGUGGCAAUUCAUGCCACCUGCUGCAGUUGACACAUCACGGGAUCAUGUACUUCGCCCUCCAGUUGCUUAAUUUGAAGGAUGUUGAUGGUUUGGUUCUUACUGCCAGUCUCUUUAUGUUUGCUUGUUUACUUAUCAUUCUUAUGGUCUUUGGACUAUUGUUGUAAUGUUAUGUGUGAAGAUCGGAUAGUUGAGUAGCUGGACAUUCUGUCAAGAAACUAGCAAUUUCCAUGGGUUUCUGCUAUUCCAAAUGUAGAAUACAAUAAUUUAUAAAUUUUAACUAGUCAAAUGAGUCUUUAACAGUGGUUUAUUCAUUGUCCUCCUAUGAGUUCCAGUUUCAUGUGUUUUGGAAAGUUU